CCUUUCGCCGACGUCUUCUGGCCGACCACGUCGACCACAUUAACCGAAUCGGCCCCGACCAUCGACAGCCACGAAUGAAAUUUUUCCUUCGACGCACAUACAAAACCCAUGAGUUCCACCAGAUUACAGUAGGCAUGCAGUCGCAAUGCGCUGUUCAGACGAUAAUCAGGUACAUGACGGCUUCUUGACGUCACGACUUUGUGCAGCCGAUCAAUGGAUCUACAUUUGCGCUCUGCGGCUACGGCCCGUUCAUGUCAAAUGUUGGACAGGUGCGGCACGUACACAACUUAUCUUUAACUCCUGCAGUACCUCAGGCCACAACAUUUUUUUGUUUCGCUCGAGCCAAGAUAGUUCAUAUCUUUUCAGUCUUAGUAUUCUCUCUUACUUGCCAACAAACAUCACCUUUACUCACUGUGACUUGGGUCACCCCUCAUCCCUCAAUCGCAAGGUCAAGCAAGAUGGACGCCAAAUCCCCCCACAUCAAGAACCGCGACACUCCCCAAUGGGGCCUCUACCAGCGGAAUAUGUUUUGGAGAUACAACGAUCGGGAACUGCCGCCUUUUAACACCCACCCAGACGUCCUCGAACGCCUCGCCUCCCGCAAACUCUCGCAAAACGGCUGGCUCUACGCCUCGUCCAACGCCGGACUCUCCCACACCCACCUCGCCAACCGACAAGCCUUCUUCCGGCACAAGCUCGUGCCGAGACAACUAGUCGACACCAACGAGCGGUCCACGCGCACCUCUCUCUUUGACGGGAAAUGGGAGGUCUCAGCCCCCUUUGGCAUCGCGCCCGUGGGAAUCAACAAGAUCUACCACGAUCAGGGAGAGCUGGCGGUUGCCAAGGCGGCGGGUGAGCUGGGGCUGGUGUAUAGUUUGAGUACGGCGGGGAGUUUUCCCAUUGAGGACGUCGGGAAGGCGAACGAAGAGGGGAGAGCCAACCGGUUCAAGGCCAAUGAGAAUUUAGAUGUGGAAGGGGAAGGUGGGCAUGAAAACUCGAAAAAAGUUCCCGAAGCGCCCCGGUUUUUCCAGCUCUACAUGCCUCACGACAACGAGUUGACCCUGAGCUUGCUCAAGCGGGCGCACGAGUCCGGCUUCCAGGCGUGUAUCCUGACCACGGACACGUCGCAGCUAGGGUGGCGACACGACGAUGUCGCAACGAGCAACUAUGCUUUUUACCGCGGCAUCGGCGGAGAACUGGGUUUCACGGACCCCGUCUUUCAAAAGAGAAUGGCCGAGGCCGGGGUUGACCCCCAGAAAGACGCCGUGAGGGCAGCGAGUAUGUGGAUCGACACCAUCUGGCACGGCCGGGCGUGGUCGUGGGACAAGGCGGUUUGGGCGCGCGAGAAGUGGCAGGAGAUUGCCGGGAAAGAUAAACCUUUCUUGAUCAAGGGAAUUCAAAGCGUGAACGACGCCAAAAAGGCGGCGGACUUGGGGUUUGAGGGCGUGGUGGUGAGUAACCAUGCGGGAAGACAGGUGGAUGGGGCGGUGGGCAGUUUGGAUGCCCUGGAGAGCAUUGUCAAGGCCGUUGGGGAGAGGAGGGGGUUUACGGUCAUGUUUGAUAGUGGGGUGAGAGGGGCGGCGGACGUGAUGAAGGCGCUGGCGCUGGGAGCCAAGUUUGUGUUUAUUGGGAGACUGUGGAUUUGGGGGUUGGCCAUCAUGGGGGAGGAAGGUGUGAGGCAUGUGUUGAGGAGUCUGUUGGCGGAUUUUGACAUUUUGAUGAAUGUGAUGGGGGUGAGGAGUGUGGACGAGAUUGAUGGGAGUCUCUUGGAGAGUGGGCCGAGGGUUUAUGGGUUGUUGAAUGAGAAGAGUAAGUUGUGAGAUGGGGAUGGUAGAAUAUGGCGGCAGAAGCCUAUAAAAUCUUGCUAGAGGUAGGAGGUAGGGUGUAGACAAAAACCAUGAGCUGUUGACUCUCGAGGACCCACCUGUACGAAGAAGCUCAGGGGCUUUUUCCCGUUUGGGUACAAGUAAACAACCACGAGGAAAACAUGAUCCCCAGGUUUGAUAGCGCGGGCAGAAAGGGACCUGGAAGAAGAGGAAAUCAAUUCCAUCUAGAAUUACCUAGAUGGGACCCACUUCUCCGCCAUGAAACAUGUAGGUAUCCAUGUAGUGUAGCGGGGCAAACUGCUCCACCAACCAACUUUCAAGGAUCCCUGGUUUGUCAUUCC